AAGUAGUGCGUCGAAUUACAUUUGCCGACUGAAAAUCCUUCUCAUGACAACCUGCAUCUGAGAUACUGAGUGGGUAAAGCAAACUUCCUUUCGGAAAGCUGUUGGGUUGAAAGCCAUAGCGUCUACGUUAAAUCCUUUAUUCAGACAGCUCUCUCAUGGCCGGCAGAAGAGUCGUGGCCUUCCCCUCCUCAGCGGAGCUUGCUCCGGUGUUGGCCCAUCUGGUGACAUCUCGGGCUGAGAAGGCCAUCACCUCCCAUGACAGGUUCACCCUGGGGCUCUCCGGAGGAAGCCUUGUGUCCAUGCUCAGCAAAGAGCUGCUCGCCCUGCCAGACCUGGACUGCAGCAAGUGGGUGGUUGGUUUCUGUGAUGAGCGAUUGGUUUCCUUUGAUGAUCCUGAGAGCACCUAUGGGCUGUACAAGAGUCAGCUGUUUUCUAAGGUCAACAUCCCGGACAGUGGGAUCUUAACCAUUGACUCCUCUCUGCCAGUCAACGAGUGUGCUGAGGACUAUACACGCAAACUGAAAGCGGCCUUCCAAGGUGAUGACUUCCCUGUGUUUGACCUGUUACUGUUGGGUAUGGGGCCUGAUGGACAUACCUGUUCCCUCUUCCCAGACCACCCUCUUCUGGAGGAAACCAAGAAAAUUGUGGCCCCCAUCAGUGACUCUCCCAAACCACCGCCACAGCGUGUAACUAUGACUCUUCCAGUAGUGAAUUCUGCGCGCUGUGUGGCUUUUGUGUCAACAGGAGGAAGCAAAGCACCCGUUUUGAAGGAGGUGCUGGAGGGUAGAGAGGGUCCAGCUUUCCCAGCGGCCCGCGUUGUGCCGACUAACGGCGAGCUGUUCUGGCUUGUUGAUGACCCCGCAGCUGCUUCCUUAACGAUCCAGGUAGAGCGGCUAGGCUCAGGGGCGAAACUGUAGAGUGCUCCAUCUGCCGAAUAAAGGCAGGAAAUCAACACUCAUGUGAAAACCUGAAUGGAGAGAGUGGAAAAUAGUGCAGCGCAUUCCUACUUUCACAUGAUGUUGUUGGUUUAUGUAAGCAAGAUAAUGAAAUAAGGAUGAACAAAAAUCACUGAGGACAACUUUGUCAUUUCCAGCAUUGCAUUUAGCACUUAUUGGAUGUUGGUGUGUGUGUGUGUGUGUGUGUGUUUGUGUGUGUCAGAGGUGUAGCUUUAUUCAAAUGAAGAUUGUCUAAAAUACUUCCUUGGCUAUAAAGUUGAGGAAAUUGGAUUUAUAAAACAUUUAUUAGGCCUAUUAAACUGAUGAAGUCACCUUGUCAGUAUUGUGUAUAAUGUUAUGUUCUUUCUGGUCAUCAGCUCUGAGCUUGACUUUGUAAAAUAUUAAAUCCAGACACACACGGACAGUUAUCAGCAUUCCUUAAGUAAUAACACUGAUUUUCAUUAGAAAUAAAAAUUAAAACAUGUUAAUUAAA